GCAACUGGAGUUUUUUGGACAUAAAAUAGAGCUUAAAAAAAAAGUAACAAAACAGAGUGUGGUCAUACUUGGCAGAGUGACUGGUUCCUGAAAUUCCAAUCUGAUCAUUGUGAAAGCUGACAAUGACAUCCAAACUGCUCAACGGACGGACGUGAACAGCUGUUACUGCAUCCAGAAACUGGAAAAGCAUGAUGACAGUUCGGUCAUAAACAAAUCCACGCUGGAAGACAGGACCAAGAACCUCUUUUGCACAUCGAGAAAUAAUUGUCACGAUGUUGCCGGGAGAUUACGACCAUCUUCCAGAUGCCAAGCAGAUCCUAGGCGAGCAUUUGUUCACCAAGGUGGAAGAACUGUACCCGCAACAGGCCUCACACAUCACCGGUAUCCUGCUGGAGGCCGGUAACCAAGAAGUGAUGCGGAUGCUGCAGGACGAGGGUCUUCUGAGGAGGCGGGUGGAGGGGGCCAAGAGGGUCAUUGAUGAGGAAUGUGCCAAGACUGAGGGGAAUUGUCUCGAAGCCUCAGCUAAAGACAGCUUGGGAGAACAGCUUUACUUCCAAGUACAGCAGCUCGGCUCACACCACUGUGCCAAAGUCACAGGAAUGCUUCUUGAGCUCAGUCCAGAUACCAUCAACAGCCUCUUAGCGUCGCCUCAAGAACUGCAGAGGGCAGUGCGGAAGGCAACAGCAACACUGCUGCAAGAGCAACCUGAAGAUGGAUAUCGGAUUGAGAUGGAUGAGGAGAAACAAGAACUCGGAGAGGAAUUGUACUGCAUCAUUGAGGAGGCACACCCAGAGCUCGCUUCAAAACUCACCGGUAUGCUUCUCGAAAUGGAUGCAACCCAUCUACGACAACUCCUAGAUCAUCCCGAUAAAUUGAAUGAGAAAGUCCAGCUGGCUCUGGAGACAUUGAAAGCGGCUUGUCUUCCGACGUGAUCCGCAGAAUAAAAAAAAACCGAUAAACACAAGCAUCUAAUAAGCCAUUUGCGAGCUAAAUUUGAAUAAAAUCUGGAACGCUGACUUACUCCAAUGCUUUGUGCGUUUUAAGUUUGCAUUCUCCCGACCAAAAUGACGUACUAUAUCAUGUGAUUCGGGGCAAGCCUUAUGCUAGCAAUCCCCAGCUCCAGCAUGGCCUGGUG